CUUCCCUCUUCAUCAACGCCCACUUGCAAUCCUCAAGAUACACCAAAACCAUAGCAAAUUGACGUUUAGCCCACAAAUACCAUGAAGCGACGAAUUUCAGAAACUGCCCCUGAAGAUCCAUCACCGAUCCGAACUCUACCACAGCACCGGAGCCUCCAUGGAGUUCGGAGCUCCGAUUCCCGAUUCUCCAAUCCAACAUCCCGCCUACCCAAAGAUUUCGGCUGCAAGAAAAGAAUGAAGUUCACAGAUGUUGGUGUUGAUAAUCCUCCAACAAUGUUGAAGGCUCCAAGAUCUGAUGAUCCCAAAACUUCGGAGUUUGCAUUUUUUAAGAAGUUAAAGGUAAACGCAGGCCACAAGCUUCAUUCGCAUAAAUUGCAUAGAGACGAUAACCAAUCUAAGGAGUUCCGAGUUAGUGACUGUUCUGGAGAGAGGACCAGCAGUGUCAAAAAUAGCUUCAAGGACUUCAGGUCCUCAUUGGUCACUCAAAACAUUACACCUAUUAAUUUUAGCUCAUCAAAGAACUCAGAGGUAACUCAAAGGGAAGAUAGUACAACCUCGAGGGAUAUAUGCAGCAUAUGGGAAAACAUGGAGACAUAUAGCAAUGCCUUGAAUCCUGGGGGGGCCCAGCACACGAACGGAGAGAUCUUUUCUAGAAAGAGACAGAAACUACGUCAAUGGGUUGUGGAGACGUCAUAUCCUCAUAUUGAAGAACUCUGUUCAAAGGGGUACGAUUUUGUUUCUCUGCUUCUCAACCGCCUGUUCCCUGAGGAUAAUGAAAACAGUGCUUUUAAGAAUUCGAAGUCGGGGGAAGCAGAUAUUGAUACAAAAUCUCAGUCACUUGCUUCUUUAGAGUCAGAUGUUCAGCUUAAAAAACUAGGCCAUAUACCUGCAAGAAACUUUAUAGAGCUUGACUAUGGAUCACACUUGGGUGAUAGUCCACCUUGUUGGCUGAACAGAUCACAGGAGGCGGUUCUCUCAAAUUCCUACUCUCCCAUUAAUGAUGACAUAGCAUUUCUCAAGUAUGAAAUCAAGGAACCUGGAUAUGAAUUUGGAGGAAGAACUCCAGUUAUAUGUGCUGACAGUGAUUCAGCUUAUGGCUUUCCAUCUAAAAGAUACGGAUUUUUGGCAUGUAAUCGUCUCAAAGAACUGGAUGAAUUACACGAUCCAAAUGAAUUAUUUCUUUGGCAGGCUUUUAAGAAUUCAAAACCAGGGGAGGUAGAUAUUGAUACCAAAUGUCAGUCACUUGCUUUUUUGGAGUCAGAUGUUCAGCUUAAAAAACUAAGCCAUACACCUGCAAGAAAUUUUAUGGAGCUUGACUAUGGCUCACACUUGGAUGAUAGUCCAUCUUGUUGGUUGAACAGAUCACAGGAUGUGGUUCUCUCAAAUUCUGACUCUCCCAUUAGAGAUGCCAUAACAUAUCUCAAGUAUGAAAUCAGGGAACCUGGAUAUGAUUUUGGAGGAAGAACUCCAGUUCUAUGCGCUGACAGUGAUUCAGCUUAUGGUUUUCCAUCUAAAAGAUAUGGAUCUUUUGCAUGUAAUCGUCUCAAAGAACUGGGUGAAUUACAUGAUCCAAAUGAAUAUUUGAUUCGCAGAGAGCCACAUCCUCUUCUUCUAGGUUGGGACUUUGACAAAGGUAUAGAUAAGAGAAACUUAUCGAAUACUUGUCAAAGUACAGAGCUGAGUGUGUAUUCCCCUUCAUCAACUUCAUGGGGUGAUGAUCAUCAGCACAUUAUGGAUGAUAGGUUUGGUGCGAAUGAGUUCAGUAAAUCAUCCUUCCUAUCCAUCUGUUCUCCAAAGGUCAUUCCAUUACCACGCUCCCAAUCACCGUUGGCCAGCUAUGGAGAUCAUGAUUUUGGAAGACAUGUUAUUGGAGACGAGGAAGAUAUAUACACAGAUGUUAAUCAUUUUCCUUUAGCUUUAUCCCUUAAGCCAGACUAUCUUAAUCUGGAUGAAGAUUUUAAGAAUGACAUUGAAUACAAAUAUAGUAGCAUCUUCCGUGCUCCUCAAAAUCUCCAUCAUAUAAUGAGCAAGGUUUUCAGUAAGAGGUAUCAUUGUCCUGGUGUAGAAAGUUUCCUCUUUUCCUCUGCACUUGGAUUAACUGGUUCCUCAAGAGAGCAUCAUUCACCUUUCAAUUAUGCUCUUCAAACUCCUCAAAACAAAGGCACAUCUUUGCGCUUUCUGCUUGAAGACAAGAAUGAGAGUUGCCUGGAUGGUUUAAGUCAUAGAGAAACCCUGAGUCAUUUCGGUGAAGACAUUAUCAACAUCCAAGACUGUUCAUCAUUUUAUUUCCAGAUACCUCUGGACAAGGAAAAGACCUGCCCCUUGCUGCUUAAUCAAUCAAGCUGGAAUGGAACUUGAACUUAAAGGACAAAUGCAUUCUGAUGAAGCCAUUUACAUUUGAAGCUACCAAGCAUUGUGGCGGCCCCUUAAUGCUUUGUUUAUGGUGACCUGAUGCUGGACAGUGUUGUUCCCAUGGCUACUCUGUCAUUGAAGAUUUUUCCAUGUUUUGAAGAUUUUAGGUAUAAUUGUUUUUUUUUUCCCCUCCUAAUUGGGGUAUUUGGAUGUAUCUUGGUCAUUACCACAGCUUACAUGGUCUAUCAAUUGAUGUAAAAAUGACUGUAUAUGGUUGUGGCACAAUCUUGCUUACAGGUUUGGAAAAGAAAAGGAAAUGACAAAGCAAAUUUCAAGAUUCGAUUC